AAAUCGUAAUCAAACUUCAAAGGCAAUUUCCAGUGAAACUUAAAUCAUUUAUAUUAUUCUUUAUGGAAUCUCUGCCAGUCCGACCUCUCACCUCUGCGUAAACAAAAUAAAAUCGAAUAGAUAACGAUUAACGAGCACCUAAGUAGUGUUACCACUAAUAAAAAAAUAUUAUAUUUCACUUAACUGUAAUACAGUAUUAGGCAUAAAUUGAAAAAUCUACCUAUAUAAUCUACAUUACUGUCGUUAAUACAAUUGAAUAAGACCUAAUUUUUCUUAAGCUUCACAAAAAGAUAAAACAAUCCUAUUAAAGUAUACACCGAAAUCUAAUUAAGUUAAUCCUGAGUUAAUGUUAAUUGUCGACUUGGUAGUAUACUUAUUACAUAAAAGCAGGUAAAUGCAUUUUAUCGGCAGAGUAGAACAUUCCUUAGCAACUUGGUCUUUUUUUUUCUUAAUGACAAGUAACUAUUCUUUUACGUAUAUAUUCUCUUAAACUAUGUAGAAGUAUAAAAAAAAUUAAUAAAAGGGCCGGAUCAACGCCAUAGAAAAGUUACACGUGAAGACGAUUUUUAAACUUUAUAUUUAACUCUUUCUAUCGCGAAGAAAACAAUUUGGACUUAUAAAUUGUGAAACACGUAUAGUUUUAUCGGACCCAAAAAACGUACUAUAAUUAUUACUAAGUCAUACCUAUACGUAUUUUUAUAAACAUUUUUUAAUUGGUUUCGAACUUUUCCGUGGUGAAAAACUGAAAAUUUCAGUCAAAAUUCUCUGAAAUGAUAAAAGCGAAACGUUUAUAGUAGCGGGUAGCCCGUGGGACAUGGAUCAUCAAGGAAAUUAUUGUAAAUUAACCAAAUAAAAAUAAAAAAAGGUACCACUUACCGAAAUCAAGUAAUGAACAAGUAACCAUGUACCUAUCUAUAUUUAUUAUUUAAUAACUUCGUAGCCCUAUGGUAAAUCCAAAUUCUAUAUUUCUAACAUCUAUUCGAAUAUUUCUUAAAAAUGUAAAAAUGCCCAUAUUAAAUAUUAAUUAUAACUUGAAAUAUAUAUCAUUUUGUUUUUUUAUUUACAAAUUAUUAACCAACUUUUCCUAAUUUAGUGUUGUAAAAGGUAAAAUAACCUAUCGUUUUUUAUCAAUUAGUACUGAAAUAUUUUUAAGCAUUUUACAAAAAAGUCUAUUUUGUACUAGAAGCUAUGCGACGGUUGACGAAUGGUGAAAUGUAGAUUUUCUCUACCAAAAUAACGUGACGAUUUUUUUCUAUAGAUUUUGGAAACAAAAUCCGAUGACAAGAUAAUGAUUAAACUUUAGCAAUUUAUAACUUGUUGACUAAAACUAAAGUUUGGAUCUCGAUUUACUUCAUCUGAAAACGAAAAUUGUAUUUCUUAUUUGGAAAUUUGGAUGGUUAUUCAACUGUAUUUCAAUGAAAAAUGGCUUAUAGUACAAAAUCAAUUAAAGUAUAUGAUUUUAACAGUUCAGAUACUGAAAAUAAUAACACCUUUUUUAAGAGUCGCAAUAAAAAACGAAAAACUAAGUCAGAGUUAGAUAAAACAACAAGACCAUCUUAUCUACAAUCAAUGGAAUCUUACAGAAACUUUAUGCAAAUUAGAAGACAAUGUAAUGUUUCUACAUCAAAAUCAAAAAUUAAAAAGGAAUAUUCAUCAAAACUUUCAAACACUAAUUAUAGUUGGCGUGAUGUAAAAAAAAAUACGUUACCUCAAAAAAAUAAACUGGAUAAUCAGCUUACCAAAAUCCAUAAGAAUGAUAAAAACAUAAAUUUAGACAAACAAGUUGAAGUUAUUGUAGAAUCGUCAUCAGAUUCUGAUUUUCCUGAUUUAAAAUAUUUGAAAUACUACAGAGUGUUUCCUAAAAACAAAACUCUUCUUACUUCUUCGCCAAAAACUAAACUUAAAUCAAUUGACACUAACUUAACAGUUGCUUCAAGCAAGGAAACUAUAUUUAAAAAAAAUACAUCUAUAGAUUGUAAAACUAGUAAUGUAUCUAAACAGCAUAUUAAAUCUAUUUUAAAUGACUGUAGUCUUUCUGAUGUCUUAGUUGUUAGAAAAGAUUUUGGAGAAAGAGACGAUUCAGUUGCAUAUAAUGAUUAUACAAAUUUCAAAGUAAAUUCAAUAACACCAAAUGCUAUUCCGUUAAACAUAAGUUUAAGUGACUAUAGUGUUACUAUACCUAAAGAACCUUCAGUAGUGGCUAUUAAUGUACCAGAGUUAUUUGCCAAAGAUUCUGAUGUUAAACAAAAAAACCAAUUGAGUAAACUUAAAGAUAAAUCCGCAAUUACAUCUAGACACGCUACUACAGCACCAGAAAUCUGUAGAAUUAAAAAGUCAAAGAAACGUAUAAAUAAACCUAGCACACAUGUGUUAUCAUCAAAUAAUAAUUUGAGCAUUUUAAAAAUUAAAAGACCAACCAGGAUGAACAAAAGCAAUCAAUCUAUAAGCGACAAAAUGGAUAUUGGUUUGGAAUAUAAUGUAUGUAACGAUAUGGUAGAAUUAGAAAACGGUACUUUAGUACCAGCAUUUUUAGCGACCUUAAAUCCUAAAAUAACAAAUAAAACACUUUGUGCAUGUGGUAUUUCUUCGUCUGAAGUACCUCUCAUCUGGACCGAAUCUUUUCACGAAAUGCUACAUAAAAAUGUUCAUAAGUUAAAUUUUAAAGGAAAUAUACCGAAUAAUGGAGUUAUUAACAUUAAGGAAAGUGGAUUGUCUUAUUUUAUUGUCAAAGUAAAUGGGAAUUUAAAGAAUGAAAAACUUGAAACAACCAUACAAAAUGUAAAUGACUUUGUGAAUUUGGAAUAUGGAAUACUUGAACAAAACUUCAACGUAUCACAUUCUGUUUAUUUAGCUGUAAUACCUAGUUUAAAAGUGAUUGGAUUUUUAGCAGUAGAGCCGAAAUAUCAUGCGUUUAAAUUUGUAGACAAUAAACUCACUGAAGAUAUAGUUCCUAUCAAGUUUGGGGUGCUUAAAAUUUGGAUAUCAAUCAACUAUAGAAGUAAACAAGUAGACACAAAUUUAAUGAACUUUUUUUUAGAAAGUGAAAAAAUUUGUAAAAAUGAAAUUGCUUUUACAUUGUCUGGUUGUGAGGGAGUUGAAUUUGUUAAGAGCUUUAUUGAAAAUGAAAAUAUACUAAUAUAUACCUAAAACUUACUAAUAAAAAUUAAUAGCAAACUAAAAGUAUUUUUAGUUAAAUAAAAAUAUAGAUCACUUGAUAUUACAAUUUGUUUGUUAAAAGUUAAACAGU